GAGAGUCUGUAGUUUAGUGAGACACAGAAUAGGCGAACAAACAGGACGACUGACUUGACCCUCCGAGCAGUGAACACACACACAGACACACACACCAUCGCGUUUCAGACAUGUUUCGUUGUGGCAUCGCGUAUCCCCGCUGCAGGUGGAUUCUGCCUCUUCUCCUGCUUUUCGCCAUCAUUUUUGAUAUAAUCGCCAUCGCGGCUCAGUCCGGAUGGGUGGAGGACGAAGACGCUAAGUCGCAUUAUGCCAGUAUGUGGGAUCAGUGCCGAGGACGCAAUGAGGUCUGGAGUUGCAAGUCUCUUAUGGAGUUCUCAUGGGCUCAGGCUGUCGCUGCACUGAUGAUCAUCGGCCUCAUCAUCCUCAUCGUAGCCUUUAUCAUCUCCUGUGUGGCGCUCUGCUGUACCCUUAAUAUUCCGCUCAUGCCACCAAUUGCAUUGCUCCUCAUUAUUGUCGCAAUACUCCAGAUCAUCGCUCUGAUAAUUUACCCAGUGAAAUUCAACGAACAAAUCUUUGAAGGCAAAUAUAACUACACUUGGGCGUAUGGUUUUGGCUGGGGAGCCACCAUCAUUGUAAUUGGCUGCACAGUCCUGUUCUGCUGCCUGCCCCGCUAUGAAGACUAUCUCACUGGCUCAGCAAAGACCAAGUACAUCUACACAUCAGCCUAGAAGCCCUUUCUGUCCUACUAUGCAUUGCACAAAUGCUCUCAGAACUGUCUGACUUUAAUAGCAAUUUUAAAGCUCCAAACAGGAAUUGGCACAGCCUGCUCAAGAUAGGAUCAAAGUCUACUUAAAGAGAAUAUGGGAUACAUGAACAGUAUUUUCUGCCUUAACAUGGAUUAUUUAUAGUAACAUUUAAUUGCAUGCCCUGACAAUACUGGUCAUAGCUGCUUAUGUCCUUCGAGGCCACAUUUCAGUUUUUGUCACUAUCUUCUGAUAUGAUUUACUUUUUCUGUUUCAUGUAGACACAAAACCAGUGGGUCCUCAUCAAAGCACCAGUGUAAAAAUCUUACCUAUAAAUGCUGACCGUUUUUAUCGAAUAAUUGAAUAAUAAUUCAUGUGGACUUGCACAGACAUUUUAGUAGACAGCAUUGCUAAAAAAAAUUUGUAGAGUAAUAUUAGUAUUACAAGAAUUCAGUUGUGUUUUAGAAACCUUAAUCUCAUACUGACAAUAUAGAGAAUACUUUUUAAAGAUAAUAUUUUUAUAGUCUAUAAUGCUACUCUUCUCAGAUGCUUGUAUAGGUUGUGUGUGGUGUGAAUGGACUGAUGAAUGUUUCUGUUGCUUGAGCAAAUGCCUUUUACACUUACAACUUUGUGUGUGUGUGGAUAUAAAGAUCGGAGAGAGAGAUAUAUUUUAGGGAAAGGUCUUCUGUAGUUCAACACUGCAAAAUAUUCUAAAGGGUUUCCAGGUUUUUGGAUUGUUUUACUUUUUUUUCAACUAAAUGUUAACACUAACAUGCUGUUUUCAUAUUUGUGGUAUUUUAAUACAUUUUUUUUAGUGCUUAUUGCAAACCAAUGCAUAAUAAAGCUCCAAUACCAAU